AUGUCCGAUUCAGCGGGCGACGACAGCGACUCCACAGUCAUGCCUGAUAUCAUUAAGAAAUGCCAAGGGGAUAAACUACCGAGAACAUAUGGCGCCUUCAAACAAACCAAGCCAACACUCCAAAGGGAGGAUGACUUUAUUUCCUGGAGAACAUUGGUGCAUAAUACACUGAAGAAACACCACCUCAAGGCACUCAUAGACUAUAACCUGCCUCGACCCGGAAGAGAUGACCCUAACUGGCUCCCUUGGUUCAAAUUAUCCAUUGAAGUAGGCUGUUGGUUGCUAUUCAGCAUCUCAGCUGCCCUGUGGGUGAAGAUUAAUCCCCAUGGCCGAGUGAUGCUGGCCGAUGAAGUCUAUGAAGCCAUUUGCGAAGAACAUGAAAUCUACGGAGACAUGACCGAGCACGAAUGA